CACGCAAACCAUGCUUUUAAUUUACAAUUUACAGUCCUACACGAAAACAUAAAAGCCAUUGGCCACCUACAAAUUUCUUGAUCUUAUCAACUAAUAAACAAGCAACUUCUCAAAGUUCUUUUCCUUUUAUUGUUUCACUUAUCAACUUCCCUUUCUCAAAAUCAUCCUCUUCUUCUACACACAAAUGUCAGAGACAUCGAAAUUAGAGACUUUUCAUCUAGAAGCCUCUGAUGGAUUGAAAGUCUCUGAAGGGUGUUGUUCAAAGACCUUGAUGCAGAGCAUUUCUCAUGAGCUCAAGGUACAAAUGAGAAUUGGUUUACCAUUGGUGGCUAUGAACUUCUUGUGGCUUGGUAAGAUAACAAGUACAUCUGUGUUUCUUGCCCGUCAAGGCAAACAUAACCUAGCCGGUGGCUCAUUAGGGUUUUCCUUUGCAAACGCUACUGGUUUUGCGGUUCUAUACGGAAUCUCCGCUGCAAUGGAACCCAUCUGUGGCCAGGCUUUCGGAGCCAAGAACUUUAAACUUCUCCACAAAACCCUCAUGAUGGCUGUGCUCUUGCUCCUCCUGAUCUCGAUCCCUAUUUCUCUCUUGUGGCUCAACGUUGACAAGAUCCUCAUCGGUUUAGGUCAAAAAGAAGACAUAUCCUUCAUAGCCAAGAGAUACCUUCUCUACCUCCUUCCUGAUCUACAUGUUCUCUCUUUGCUUUGUCCCCUCAAGGCUUAUCUAAGCUCACAAGGCGUUACUCUCCCCAUCAUGUACACCACAGCUGCAGCCACUUCUCUUCACAUCCCCAUAAACAUAUUCCUCUCUAGGGCUAAGGGAGUCCAAGGAGUUGCAAUGGCGGUUUGGAUCACCGAUCUUAUCGUCGUGGUUCUUCUAACGGGAUACGUGGUAGUCGCUGAGGGGUUGAAAGAUAACAAAUGGAGACAAGACGGGUUGUUAGACCAACGUGGUCAAGAAUGGCUUAACCUGAUCAAACUUAGUGGACCGUGCUGUCUCACCGUCUGCCUCGAGUGGUGGUGCUACGAGAUCUUGGUCAUAUUAGCCGGGAGGUUACAAAACCCUGAGGAGUCUGUUUCCACCUUGGUCAUAAUUCUCAACUUCGACUACUUGCUUUACGCCGUGAUGCUUUCCUUGGGGACGUGCGUGGCCACACGAGUGUCUAACGAGCUCGGCGGGAAUAAUCCAAAAGGAGCUUGUAGAGCAGCUUAUACUACCCUCGGUGUGGGUGUUGUUUCGGGAUGCGUAGGAGCUUUGGUGAUGAUAGCGUGUAGAGGUGUAUGGGGUUCUUUGUACGCUCGCAAUGACUUGAUGAUCAUAAACGGUGUGAAGAAGCUGAUGCUGAUAAUGGCGGUUGUUGAGGUUAUAAACUUCCCUUUGUUGGUAUGUGGAGAGAUUGUUCGUGGAACGGCAAAGCCGUUGCUUGGGAUGUAUGCGAAUCUCGGUGGGUUUUACCUGUUGGCUUUGCCGUUAGGGGUGAGUUUGGCGUUCAAAGGUAAACUAGGUCUUGUAGGGUUCUUGGUAGGGUUUUUGGUUGGAGCAUCUGUUUGUUUCUCGACGUUGCUCAUCUUUAUUGCAAGGAUUGAUUGGGAGAAAGAGGCGGGUAAAGCACAGAUUCUAGCUUGUAACACUGAGGGAGAACAGAGUCAAAACAAGAUAUGAUCUCUCAAAAUACAUGUUAACAAGUAUCUUGAUGUCUUAAGAAAUAAUAAGGUCAAAGACACUCAUAAAGAGAAGUA